CCCUUUUUUCUGCUCCUUGUGCUGCCCCCUUGUUUGUGACACUCUGAGAGGAGAGUCAAAACGAAAGGAAAUGUUUGCUAACCAGGAGGUAGCAGGGUUAGCAGACCAAGUUGGACAGGCUGAGCUGAUCCUGACACAUUCAACAGUGGAUAAACUGGACAUGAACGCUGAAUGCUGAGCAGAGGAAAGAGUCUCAGGGGUUCCUGAUGUGAUGAAGGACGAUCUGCAGAGGAAUGUGAGACAGACGAUGGGAUGGAGGUAGCUGAUCGGCUGCAUAAGGAGCAGCUGAAGGAAGAGGCGUCUUGCUUGCAGGGUUUGUUCCCGGGUGAAUGGAUGGCGCGUCAGGGUCAGAAUGCUGAUGGUCUGUAAAAUCAUCCCCGUCUUUUGAUGAGGACCCUCCCUCUGGAGUUUCAUGUGUCAUCGGGACCAAACACACACCGACGUUACAGCAGAACCCGGCAAACCUCUCAGAUCUAAAACAUUGAUGAGGUCUGGACGCCUGGCUCUGUGUCGAUAAGGCAGCUUUCAUCUUUCUUCUCCUCCGCGUUUAUUUCCGAGUCCUGAAGAGGAUCAUGACAGGCGAAGGCCUUGCGUGGCCUUUCAGACGAGAGGAAUCAUGAUUUUCCUCGGUUGUUCUGCCUCCGCUUCCUUCCGCUUCUCCUGGUUUAGCUGCAGUUUGGGAGCCGGGCAGGAAAUCGGAGUCGGCAUGCCGCUGUCGGGCCGCCGGAGCUGGAAACGGGUGAAAACGCAGAGGGAACAGAGCUGAACCCAGAUGACCUCAGCAAACAGAGCUCCACACAGGACAAUGUGCAACAUCUCCUUCUGUAAUGUGGACAGUAAGGUGGACCAGUUCUUCCAGCCCACUCUGUACAUCAUAGUCAUCGUUCUGGGGCUUCCGACCAACUGCAUGGCUCUGUGGGCCGCGUACAUGCAGGUACGUCAGCGCAACGAACUCGGCAUUUACCUGAUCAAUCUGUCGGUGGCUGACCUCCUCUACAUUAUCACUCUUCCUCUGUGGAUCGACUACUUCCUGCACCACGACAACUGGAUCCAUGGGCAGGAGAGCUGCAAACUGUUCGGCUUCAUCUUCUACACAAACAUCUACGUCAGCAUUGCCUUCCUGUGCUGCAUAUCACUGGACCGGUACCUGGCUGUGGCGUAUCCGCUGCGCUUCGUUAAGGUCCGGAGAAUCAAGACAGCCGUUUGCGUCAGUGCCAUCAUCUGGAUCAUUGAGAUUAUCGCCAACUCUGCUCCUCUCUUCCACGACGAACUCUUCCAGGACCGCUUCAACCACACCUUCUGCUUCGAGAAGUACCCGAUGCAGGACUGGGUGGCAGGAAUGAACCUCUACAGGACUUUCCUUGGUUUCCUGGCGCCGUGGACAGCCAUGCUGGUCGCCUACAGAGGGAUACUAGCCGCAGUGCGAUGCAACGUCUCCACAGAGCGCCAGGAGAAAGCCAAAAUACAGCGGCUGGCCUUGAGUUUAAUUCUCAUCGUCCUACUGUGCUUCGGACCGUACCACAUGCUGCUAUUGGUGCGCAGCGUCAUGUUUCUGAACAAACCGUGCGACUGUAACUCAGAGGAGACGCUGUUUGCUGCGUACCAUGUAGCGCUAGCGCUAACAAGCCUGAACUGUGUAGCCGACCCCAUUUUGUACUGCUUCGUCAACGAGGGUGCCAGGAACGACGUUAGCCGUGCCCUUUAUGCCAUAAUGUCCUCGGCAUGCCAGAGGCGCUCCUCGUCCUCGCCGUCGCAUGCCGACAUACUCAAUGCUGGCUCCGUCACCAUGGAGACGCCUCUUUCCACAAAGAAGCCGUCGUGCGUGUACGUUGAUGGGAGAAAGCAGAGCAGCUACAAGACUGAGCUGCUAGCCAUGAAGGAGGAAUGUCUGCAGAUGACCAUCCUUGCAGUUAAAAAGUGAAUUCUGGGAAACAGCAAACCGGUUCAAACCGUCAAGCGACGAAGGAACGCCGCGAGUCGAGGGAGCGAUUUCUCCCACGACGACCGGGGCGAAGUCAGAUGUGUUCGGUGGUGGUUGACGGGAGGAGACCAGGGUUCCUCUGAAACGCCACACUGAGAUUCAUAAGGACUGAAGAAACAGCGUUCAACAUCUGCAACGGCUGCUGCUAGCCUGUUAGCCUGCUAGCCUGUUAGCCUGCUAGCAUAGCAGGAACUCUGGGCAAAGUUUAUUUGAAGGAGUGUGCAUAAGACUGACAUGAACAUGAAGGAGUCUAAAUGCUUAUGACUGUUGUCAUGAAGGGUCAGGUAGUAAAUAAUGACAUUUAAAUACAACUUUAAAUGCAAUUUUCUUUCAAGAGUCCUUAUUUAUCAAAUAAUGCAAAGUUGAUACUUUUAAUUGACUUUUAAUUCGACUUUUAGUAACACUUUGCUUUAAAAGUGUUAUUAUUUUCUGAAUAAUGCAAAGGUGACACUUUCAAUGCAAGUUCUAAUGCAACUUUGCAUUAAACUUUGGUUUAUUUCCCAAAGAAUGAAAAGCUGAUUUAAUUGACUUUUACUGCAAGUUCACAAUGGCAACUCUAACUUUUAAUGCAAGAUUUUUGCCAUUUUGCCUUAAAACUGCAAUUAUUUAUAUUGUAUAUUACAAAGUUGACACUGUUACUGGACUUUUUAUGGAGGUUUUAAUGCAAAUUUGCUAUAAAAGUGUCAUUAUUUUCUAAAUAAUGCAAAGUUAAGAGUUUUUAAUGCACUUUUAAUUCAACCUUUGGUAAAACUUUUCUUUAAAAUGUCAUUAUUUACUGAAUAAUGCAAGGACACUUUCAAUGCAAGUUUUAAUGGAGCAUUGUAUUAAAACUGUCAUUACUUUCUAAAUAA